AUCAGUAUUUUUCAUUUCCCCCACUUCUUUUUCCGCCCUUCUCUCUCUUUCUCUCUCCUAUUUUUGUGCCUCUUUGUUAAAUUCUAGCCCUACCACCCCCAAUUCCAGAUUUUCAAUUUCUAUUUAUUUUCUUGAGAUUUCCGGGAACCCUAAUUAAGAAGAUCUGCGCUCAUUUCCAGGCCUAGCUUGAUCCUAAUUUGAAGCCCUAAUUUCGAAAAUUUUCUCCAAGUAUUUCGCUCAAGUUCAGCUAGGUGAGAUUUUUCGGACUUCUUUUUAUGUAAAGAGGGGGAAAAAGUCGGAAAAUAGGAACCAUCAACAAUGUGGACUUAAUAGGAAAUAUGGACCAAGACCCUGAAUGGUACCUGCAAUAUUACGAAGGACAACAGUUGGAUUGAUGCUUUUCGGUUCAUUAUCAGCUGUUCGAUGAUGUUUUCACUUAUUUUAAGUUGAAUCUUGUUGGAUUUUUUUUUGGAGGGAGCAUAUUGCUACCUGAAAUUGUUUAGUAGCUGUAAUGGAGAAUACAGGCUCGGUUGAUGUCAUAUUGGAUUUUUUGCAAAAGAAUGGGUUUUCACGGGCUGAGGCUGCCCUACGCAGCGAAUUGGGUAACCGUCCAGAAAAUAAUGGGUUUCAAAAAUUAACCUUCGAAGAGAGGGAGAGGGGUAAGAAGACAUUAGAAGAGAAUGUGGAGAAGAUACCUGUUCGAAAUCAGGAGACUGGUUCUUGGAAUAGCUGUGAGGUUUCAAAUGAGCUUAUUAUCAAAGAGAUAGAGUGUGGGACCAAUAGUCAUGGUAAGAAAAGUAAAUGGAAUUCAACUACUUCCACUGCUGAGCAUAGAACUUCUGGUGAAGCAGCCAGAGUAACUGACAAAAACUUCUCUUUCUCAAAAGGUUCUGAUGAUCCUGUGCUUAGUUUAUGCACUUGGAAGUAUACUCAAAACAACGGCUCUGGGGAUCCCUGUAAAAGCAGCAGUAGCAUGAUAACUUCUGGUCCUCAUGAGUUGCAGAGUAGCAGCUCUUCAAAUUUUCGUGUUUCUGAGUCAACUAAUAUAGGGAAAGUUGGUUUGCAACCUGAUAAUGAUAUUGCUUUCCCGGAAAAGCGAUUAACCUGGGUUUCUAGCUCUGGUGCAUCAAGUACAGAUAUAGACUGCGAGACUAACAAACCAAGUGAUAUUAAAGUUGUUGAGAAACGAAAACAAAUUGACAGUAUGAAAUCUAAAGGAAGUUUUACAGAUGAAAUGGGGUCUGGAAAUGAAGAGGUUCCUAAUUCCUCAUUAGGCCAAUGGAAUGAGUGUACAGUCAAGACUGUCCUGUCAUUUUCAAACAUGGAUUUUCCAACCACCAGUGAUAGUGCUGUUGUUUCUGGCACUAAGGAAGGACCUAGGAAAACAGACAUGAUUGACAUUAGAGCAUCUAUUAAGGAGCAAGUGGAUGAAGUUGGAAGAUCCCUAUAUCUCGCAAAGCUCCAUGGGAUUUGUGACAAAAAGGAUCUUGACUAUUCAGGUUUCCCUCUGGUUUCUGAAAGUCAGAAGGAAGAUUACCCAAGGUUGCCUCCUGUUAGACUCAAGUCAGAAGAUAAACCAAUGAGCGCUAACUGGGAGGAGAGAUUUGAUAAUAACGGACCCAGCUUGAAGUUAGGUAGUGCUGACUCUACUUAUCUUUUAGGUUCAUAUUUGGAUGUUCCUGUUGGCCAAGAGAUCAGCUCAUCAGGUGCCAAAAGAAUGACAGGAGGCAAUUGGUUAUCAGUCAGCCGGGGUAUAGCAGAAGAUGCUUCUGAUAUGGUCUCUGGUUUUGCAACUGUAGGCGAUGGAUUAAGUGAAUCUAUUGACUACCCUAAUGACUACUGGGACUCUGAUGAGUAUGAUGAUGACGACGAUGUUGGUUACAUGAGACAACCUAUUGAGGACGAGGCUUGGUUUUUAGCUCAUGAAAUUGACUACCCAAGCGAUAAUGAAAAGGGAACUGGGCAUGGUAGUAUUCCAGAUCCUCAAGAAAGAGCUAUAACCAAAGUGGAGGAGGAUGACCAGUCUUUUGCUGAGGAGGAUUCUUAUUUUUCUGGUGAGCAAUAUAUCCAUUCAAAAAAUAUGGAGCCUAUAUCAGCUUCAGAUGAUCCUAUUGGGCUUUCUGUUACUGAGGUGUAUGAGAAAGCUGAUGGUAACGAUAUUAUGGCUCAUUAUGAUGGGCAAUUGAUGGAUGAUGAGGAACUGAACCUGAUGCGUUCAGAACCCGUUUGGCAAGGCUUCGUGACACAGUCAGACGAUCUGAUCAUGUUGGGGGACGGCAAGGUAUUGAAGGAAUGUGGAAGGGCUGUGCUGGAUGAUGGGUGCAUUGAUGACGACCAGCAUGGUUCUGUUAGAUCCAUUGGUGUGGGAAUCAACAGUGAUGUGGCUGACUUUGGCAGUGAAGUACGUGAUAGUUUAAUUGGUGGAAGCAGUGAAGGGGACUUCGAGUACUUUCAGGAUCAUGACGUUGGUCUAGGUGCGUCUAAGCAUCCUCAAAUCAGGACAAUCAAGGAUAGGAAAAAAACAUCCAGGCAUGAUACUGAUAAGUAUUUGCUGGAAGCUGAUAAAGAUACAUGCUUACAACUCAGAAGUCAUUCAGAUGUUGGAUUUUCAUUUGCUCCUCCCGUGAGAGGUGAUCUUGCAGGCUCUAGUAAACCUUUGUGGUCAAGCAACAACAAUAGUGUCGGUGAUGUCGGUGAUGAACAUAAUGAUUGUAUAAGAAAUAAUGAUAUGCUUGCUUCAUGGAAACAUAAAAGUAGCGGUUCUUCACCUGCCAGGAGUCCUGGAGAUGAAAAUGAUGCUCCUGUUGUUAGAUCAGCCGAAUCCACUCCGUCUACACUCUCAGACUAUGCUUAUGUUGAAAAGGAGCGUGUAAAAAGGGCAGAUGAUGAAAAGGAAGCAAGUGCGAGAGAAGAUGAUGUUGGAGCAUGUUUAGAGGAUGAAGAAGCAGCUGCUGUUCAGGAACAAGUGAGGCAGAUAAAGGCCCAAGAAGAAGAAUUUGAGACUUUCAAUUUGAAAAUAGUGCAUAGAAAGAACAGAACUGGCUUUGAAGAGGACAAAAAUUUUCAUGUCGUAUUAAAUUCCGUCAUAGCGGGUCGUUACCAUGUUACAGAGUAUCUUGGAUCAGCUGCAUUCAGUAAAGCUAUUCAAGCACAUGAUCUGCACACAGGCAUGGAUGUUUGUGUUAAGAUUAUCAAGAAUAAUAAGGAUUUUUUUGAUCAGAGUCUUGAUGAAAUAAAGCUUCUCAAGUAUGUAAACAAACAUGAUCCUGCUGACAAGUACCACCUACUUCGGUUGUACGAUUACUUCUACUAUCGCGAACAUUUGUUAAUUGUUUGUGAACUUCUCAAGGCGAACUUGUAUGAGUUUCACAAGUUUAAUAGAGAAUCUGGCGGGGAGGUCUAUUUUACUAUGCCAAGAUUGCAGUCAAUUACGAUUCAAGUUUUGGAGUCGCUUCAGUUCUUGCAUGGCCUUGGGCUAAUACAUUGUGACUUAAAGCCUGAGAAUAUCCUAGUCAAAAGCUACAGCAGAUGUGAAGUGAAAGUAAUUGAUCUGGGGAGCAGUUGUUUUGAAACAGAUCAUCUAUGCUCAUAUGUUCAAUCAAGAUCAUACCGAGCGCCAGAGGUUAUAUUGGGCUUGCCGUAUGACAAAAAGAUAGAUGUAUGGUCUCUCGGGUGCAUCUUGGCAGAGCUUUGUACAGGCAAUGUCCUCUUCCAAAACGAUUCUCCAGCAACAUUACUUACUCGAGUUAUUGGGAUCAUUGGCUCCAUUGACCAAGACAUGCUUGCAAAGGGACGAGAUACAUACAAAUAUUUUACCAAGAAUCACAUGCUUUAUGAACGUAACCAGGAAACAAGCAGGCUGGAAUACUUGAUUCCUAAAAAGACAUCCCUAAGGCACCGGCUACCUAUGGGAGACCAAGGCUUCAUAGACUUUGUUGCGCAUUUACUUGAAAUAAACCCGAGAAAGCGUCCUUCUGCAUUUGAAGCGUUGAAGCACCCUUGGCUGUCAUACCCGUAUGAACCAAUAUCAUCUUAGGAUUAGUAAAAUAGCUGUCUAAACAACAAGCAGGGCUGCCACUGAAGUACCUAUGGUAACUUUGCCUGUGAUACAGAGCCUACCACGAUCCAGUUCUGUUGACUGAUCAGCUUCGAAGGGAUGUAUGAUGCCAUUUUGUCCUUGUUCUCGGCCAGUUCAGUCCUGCAACAGGUGUUCUUGGUUCUGAUUUGUGUUCAUCCGAUCCCCAAUUUAUCGGCCUAAGUUGUAUUCUAUCUUGACAAAUAUCAGAAGCUUUGAUUUGCUACUAAAAAUGUGUUCUUAGGCCGAUGGUUCCUUUUAUUCAUUUUUUCCCUUUUGUAGACCUUACUUUUAAAAUCUUGGGGACGGUUUUAUUUGAUUUAAAAAUUUUAAUUUCUUUUUUGGGUGGGGGAGGUGGUUAGUGGGAAUAGUUGAAGGAAUCUGAGAGUUGGGAUGUUGUAAAUGUUGUGAAAUAUGAUUAUCUUUUUAGUUGUAGCUUUAGUCGUUUAUUGCUUGUGUAUGGCAGGCAGGUUGUCA